AUGAACGGAACAUCUAGGUUGAUUAGCGACCAAAAUUACAAGGCCCAAUUAGCUGCCCAAUUCAACGAUUUUUAUCUUCAAAUCACAUCCCCCAAUGUCAGCCAAAUAGGGAAUUAUCGAAUAGUUCGCGAGAUUGGCGAAGGUGCUUUUGGAAAGGUGUAUUUGGCUACACAUGUAUUAUUGAACGUCAAAGUCGUGUUGAAAUGUGGCCUUGUUGAUGACCCCAACAUUGUGCGAGAAAUUUAUUAUCAUAGACAACUCAAGCACAAGAAUAUUGUCAAUCUCUAUGAGGUGAUAAAAACCGAAAACCACUUGUGGAUCGUGUUAGAAUACUGCGAAGGGAGCGAAUUGUUCUUCUUGAUAUAUGAGAAGAAGCGCUUGGAAAUAAAAGAGUGCCAGCACUUGUUUUUCCAAAUAGUGUUAGCGUUGAAGUAUGUGCAUUCUUUGAACUUGAGUCACCGAGAUUUGAAGCUAGAGAAUAUUUUGUUGUCAGAUAAGAGGAAAACGUUGGUCAAGUUGACAGAUUUCGGGUUUGUCAGAGAGUUCAAUCCCCAGAACAGAAAGUUCUUAUCUACAAUUUGUGGAACCACAGUGUAUAUGGCACCUGAACUACUCAAAAGCGAUAAAUAUUCAGGUUUUGCCAUCGACAUAUGGUCAUUAGGAGUCAUUUUAUUCACAAUGGUGUAUGGAGAAAUGCCGUUUGAUGAGGAUGAUGAUCUCAAAACCAAAUACAAGAUCAUCAAUGAAGAACCAAGGUAUAGAGAUUCCAUAUCUGUGGAUCUCAAAGAGUUAAUUGCAUCGAUGUUGAAUAAGGAUCCCACCAAAAGACCCAACGCCACCCAAAUCUUGAACUCGCUGUUCUUGAUAGAUUUAUACAACAAGCAUUUAGAUAAAACGUCACGUCAUACAAGCAAUGAUGCCGAGUCAGUUAUUUCCAUUAACCAACAUUACAGGGUUAAUACUUCACCAUUUCAAACAAAGAUAGAAAAGGACCUCGUUAAAAGAAUGAAAAAAUUGAACUUCAACACCGACGAGUUACAACUCAAUGUGUUGAACAACCAGAUGAACUCACUCACUGCAUUCUAUGAACUAUCAUUAACGAGAGAGUUUUGUAGGAAGAAGAAAAAAUACUAUCGUCAAAAGAGCAGAGGGUACUUCGAAGCAAAACGAACAUUGAAUAGAUCCAGAAGUCGAGUUAAAAGUGUGUUGUCAUUGACUGACUUGUCACACUCACCUCAGCCAAUAGAGAAGAUCAAAUCUUCAUUGAGUGUGAGCUCAUUGAAGAAUCAUAGUAAAACCAAUCUAAAAGGAUUGGGUGAUUCAAUAGAACAAAAGAGAAUAGAUUCCCAGCUGUCUCGGAAUUCUUAUCCAAACAGUUUGUUGAGGGAACAAUUGAAGGACCAAUCCAUCUUGACGAACGUACCCUCAGCUCCACCAUCACCAAGAACAAACUCAUAUAUACCGCCUUCUCCUGGUUCCAAGACACAGAUGAAUACGCCGGAAUCGAGGAGGAAUUAUGUCUCUAGAACUUCGGUUGAUGGAACUCCUUUAGAGAGAAUAGUGUCAUUUUAUCCUGAAUCCAGUAAUAUUCAAAGAGUCAUGAAUACUCCACAGAAAUCUACCGAGACUUUGGAGAAGAAAUCUAAGAAUGCAAAAUUCUUUAAUAAGUUGAAAUUCUGGAAGCGUAACAAGAAGAAUAAUGACGACAACGCAAGUCUGAUCAGCCAUUCUCGUACAUUCACGAGCACAGAAAGUGAGGUUCUUCCUGCUGUAUCUCGUGAUUACCGAAAGAGCAUCGAAGAGAACGACGGUCCCUUGGAAAUAGUGGCCAAGAGGAGCAAUCCAAGUCCUGAACAUAAUGACAUUCACCUACAGCAGAGUGUUACUAUAAUUCCAAACGGGGAGUUGGAAGCAAAGAAAAUGGAUGAUACUCGUCGUUCUCUAUCUUUUGAGGAUAGAAAUGGACGAUUUAACGAAGAGAAGCCUAGGUCUCCAGCAAACGAGCAGUCUAUCUUAAGGUCUACCCGAGCGAGACCCUCAUCCAUGGUCUCGCAAAUCAGUCAAAUCAGUCAGAUCAGUCAGAUGUCCACCAUGUUAUCCGAGUCAGAAAUAGACAAUAUGGAUGAAACGGAUACCAUGGAGGAAGACUACGACGACGACGAUGAUGGAAUGUACGAAGGCAGCUUGAAUGUAUCGCAGGACUUUGGUAAGCCGUCUUCUAACACGGGUACUCAGUCCAAACCUAGCGUUUUCAAAAAGAGACCUAGUUACAGGAGAACCACCUCUUCAGAGCAAUCAAUUAAAUCUACAUCCACCACAGCAACGAAUUACAAACACCAGAAGAAGUUCUCAUUGUCGCAACUCUCGAGCAACUCCUCAGAGGAAAGCUCUAUCAAAUCCAACAACGUGUUUGGAAUGCCCAUCCCAACAAAACCCACUAAACCCACACAACCGGACCUCGAUUCUGCCUUAUCGCAAGUGCAGAAUGCAAGGUCAAGCUCGCCUGAGUUGAUAAAGAAAGAAAAGAGAUGGAACAAUUCUUCCCUGGGAGUUCAGUCCAAAAACAGUUCCAAUCCUUCUAGUGGUACAGCUAUGAAUGGCAACUACUCUGGUUCGUUAUUGGCGACCAGUACCUUAGGUGGGCCCUAUAAGUCCGAUACUCCGUUCUUCCGUUCCCAUUCUCCUCCUGUGCCUAAGAAAUUCAACAAGAUUAAUAACAAGAUCAUCAAGCCAGUUAAAACUGCGUUGGAGAACAGUGCGGCUUCUGUGAAGCCCAAUACUUCAUGGAACAAGGCCACACAAACUGCAGACAAUUCCAAGAAGGGAUAUGCCCCAGUGAUUGAUGAAGAGGAAGAGAGUGAGUAA